AUGAGCUUUUACCCGCCGAUGCAGCAGCAGCACCCGAUCCAGUGCAUGCCGCAGGCAAUGACGCCGACCUCGAUCGACUCGUACGACAUGGAGAUCGUCGUCGCGGACGCCAAUGGCCCCAUGGUGCAGCUCGUGACCAAGCGCAAGUUCGGCCACGACAACGAGGACAUGCUCUUCAAGCGCCAGCGCCUCCAGUGCAAACCCGCUGGUCAUGAAGGUAUCGACGAGCACUGGUCCGGCGACGCACAGCAAGAGGUAUGGCCCACCGUGGUAGGAAGCCUCGUGUUCCCGCCGACGCAGCCUGUCGCGGCCCAAGAUUUCAAAUCGUGA